AUGGAGACGGUAAGUACUUCCACGGCGUAAAUAGUUCACGCUGCUUCACUUUUUGAUUCUGAAUUUUCCUCCGGCACGAAAUUUGGUCAAAAGACGCCUUUAUUCCAUUUAUCUCACCGUAGUCAUGUGAAAGAACGCGAUCAACUGCUGGUCUGAUGGAAUUGUGCCAAAAAAUUGUCAAGAUUCACGAUAUAGUCGGCACUAAACCUAUAGAUAUAGCUUGCUGUAUCAGCCAAAUGAGGGACAACAAACUUGGUCGACUAAGGAAAUUCCACGAUGACACUCUUAUUAGCAGCAGGAAGUUCAAGCAGUUAAAGGUGAGAUAUUACAUCCAACAAAGGGUACAGCAUCACAAAGGUCACUUUCGGGGGGGGGGUGUCAAGAGUAUCCUAUAUUUCUGUAUACUCUACUUUUUCCCGCCGUUUUAGGUUACCCACGAAUUGUAACUGCAUCCUUAAUAAACGUCAUGAUUUUUUAAAGUAAAAGCAUGUCACUAAUGUGUCUGCUUCUUUUACUCAGGCAAAUAAGAGUAGGGAAGACGAGGAAAGCAAAAUAGAGGUGUCCACAGAGAAAUGGUCAAAGAGAAGUCUUGAUUCCCAGAAUGGUGGUACUACGGGUAUUGGGAAGUACCAACAGGCUCCUAAAAAGCAACUCAAGAUCACUACCAUGUGGGUACCUUCUUAUCUACCACUGGAUAACCGUUGCCAUAGAAAAUGCUCCCUUAUCGAGUUCUAGAAGAACUUGAAGAUAUUGACGUGCAAUCCGAUAUUCAAAUUUGCAUUCUUCAGGAUUUCACCUCGGCAAACGGAGAAGAAAAAUGCAAAGUUGCUCUCCACAUCCAAAAAGAAAAACGCGAGCAAUCCAAAAAAGGCAUUGGUGAAAAAAAAAAGAAGAAAAACACGGCCUCCUUAAACGAGGUAAAUAUAUUUCCAAUAUGCUAUAAACGACCAGAUUCCAUAUUACACUCUAGCAACUAUCUGAUAACCCAACCAUCCAUGUCUUUGUAGAGAAAAACUCAUGUAAAGGCGAAGACAACCGUGACAUCGACAGUGUGUUUUCCAGGACUAAGGAACGCUGGAAAUAGCUGCUGGUUCAACGCCACCCUGCAAUCCUUGGCACAUAGUGCAAUUAGCGAUGACAUUCAACUGAAAGGUAAUAGGGCUAGAUCAUUCCCGGUUAUCCGAUUCCUUUUCUAAUUCCAUUGCGGAUGGAACAGAUGCAUGUGGAUGUGAUAUUCCCGUGGACUGACCACUCCCAUUGGCUUAUAAAUAAUUUAAAAGUAAAUGAAGAAGGAGAAAUUGACAGUGAACACGUCUUUAGAGUUUACCCUUUAAGCAACGAUUUUUGUCGGUUUCGUUGCACGUUUACUGGUAUUGAGUAGUAGUCUGUGUGUAUUGAGGAUUUAAAUGUUGUACAGUCCCAUAAUGUUUUCAUGCUUUGUAACAAUUGCAUGUGUCUAUUAUGUUUAACAGGUGGUUCCACGGCAACUCCAUCUCAAGAUGCAAACAUCACCGAUUUAUGUCGUGUACUUAACAAAUCUCAAUCUGCUAAGACCCUGGAUCCGACUAUAUAUCUGGUAAAAUAUAUAUUUUUUUUCUUUUAUUUAUGUCAAACAUUGUUUGCUGGGCUCAUACCAUAUCAGCCUAAGAGGUAAGUCCACUCUGUGGGCUGGAAUACGACAAUUAAUUACAAGUGAACAUUGCUAUCAUAAUACUAUUGUCUUUCUAUGCAAACUUUGCUUCCGUAGGACCAGUUCCAUAGAAGACAUCCGCUGAUGGGAGCUGGCCAACAACACGACGCCCACGAAUUUCUUGUAGAGCUUCUUAACGACAUCACUUUCAUGGUACGUCACCCCCCUUUAACCCCACCCCUCACCGGAAAAAAAAAAAGGAAAAAGAAGGAAAGAAAGUGUAACUUAUGGAGCUUCACUUUUCAUUUUUAGGAUGGAAACAACCAGGCCAGCCCUCUCACAGCCUUGAUUGAAAAUACAAGGGCAUGUUCUCAAUGCGACAAGGUUUGAUACACACGUUCAGGAGGAGGAUUUGAAAUUCAUGGAUCGGAUUGAAGAUCAUUUAUUUCUGCAAUCCUUUUCAGGUGACCGGGAAGUUCGAGAAAUGGGACAGUUAUGUGUGCAGUGUUCCAGUCGAUGCAUUGCAAAAGUUAAUGGACUGUAUUCUUCAUAUAGGAGUUAAAGGAAAGGAGGAGUCUUACGCGUAAGUAUCUUUAUUUUCGUGAAAUUUCUUCUGUUUUUUUAAUGUUGGCUUUCCCUUAAAAACAAAAUUUUCAUAGACCAUGUCAGUACUUGUACUCUUCUGCCUAACCUGUGGGGCGCCCACUCAAAAGGGAAUGGCCCAAUGUUGCAUCCCCUUCCAAAUUCACCCCACCUUAUUGAGUGUGUUUCAAAGGACAGUAAUGACAGUACGGUUUUUUCUUAAAGCUUCAUAUACUCCUGUUUCGAGCAUCUCUUUAUUUCCAUUUUCUCUCUCUCUCGCCAGCUAUAUCUACUGCGACUACUGUCGCGAGAACUCACUUCAUCAAAUAUGGUCAACGUUCGUGGAUCAGCCCAGAGUUCUCAUCAUUCACAUGAGGAGGUUCGACAACGAGGGAAACAAAAAUUCAAAAAUUCGACAUAGAAUUGUGAGUUAUCGACAACUCCGAAAUUUGUGUGGAAAAGUUUCCAACCUAGUAGAGAACAUUAAGAAAUGAAGCAUUUUUAAUACCUUCAAUUUCAAUUUUAACAGAGAGAUGGACAUAUCAGCUAUUUGUUCUGACAGCUCUGGUCCUGUUCAAUAUUCCUUGACAAGUGCAAUUGUAUGUAUAUGUACCUCUUCUCACUUUGUCAUUAGGAGUCUGUUAUUAAGGAGGAAUAUGUCAUAUUUUUACUGGGCGAGGGCUACUUGUAAAAUUAUUCAGUGGUUUGUUUCUAUUUCGUUGCAGUUACACAAGGGAUCGUCUACCCGUGCCGGACAUUGUAAGUAGCUUCAAUAACCGCCCGUAUAACCGUUCAUGUCCGCAACCUCCUUUUGGCUAUUUAAAUACUAAUUUCAUUGACACUAUUUUUUUAGAUACGUCUAUAGUGAAAAUAAAUGAUCGCUGGUAUGUGUUUGAUGAUGAAAAGGUCUCCACAGCUAGCACGUGGCAUGUUAAAUCUGAAUUGAAGGUACUUAGAAAACUUGACCUUUAAUAGUCUAACAGCGUUUUAGAAUGAUACAAAAUUGUGGCCUUCUAUACCCUGUUGUUGUUUGUUCUUUUCAAUUUCUCUCAGAGGUAUGGUUACGUGUUAUUCUUUAAAUGUCGCAACGUCUCAGAUCAGAAGGAAAGCAAAGGUAUAGUUUCCAUUUUACGGAAAACGAUCGGAAUUGCAAUAAUAAUUAUUAUGAGAAACACAAUAAAACACAACAAUAAUAAUGGUAAUAUACAAUAUAAUAAGAGUGUUCUUAUGAUUAUCAUUAUUAUUUAUCUUUCAAAGGACAGACAAAUGCAAGACGGUGAAAGUGCAGUGCCCAACAAAAGCACACCUCCCGGCCGUGACAACCUGGUGAGGGAUAAAUUCUAGAUGGUUACUUCUCUGCAUGAAUAGGGCGCGAGAUCGACAAAAAGCAAACAGCUGAAACAGAGACAUGCUCUCCUUGACACAAAAUGGUCCCUUGCCGGUUUCCCUAGUGAACAGUAGCCUGCAGUGCAGGCGUAUUUUGGGUGGACGGAAGCCGCCUGUUUAUGUUAAUACUGUUGUAACGGCCAUCUUAUAGAGUACAAAAAUGGUAACCCUAAGGGUAGGUGCUUGGGCGAAAGAGGAAAACAGGGAAGGGGCAGGGGAGGAAAAAAUACGGCGUAUUCUAUCCUCUGAUCUCUCUGCGCCCCCUACCCCGCUCCCUUUGACUGUCAUUCGCCCUAUUUUCUCCCCUCUUUUCGAGUUCAACCUCCUCUUUGCGCAAACAAAACAUUCACGCGCCCGAAGAAAACUCCUACAUUGCAGACUAGGUGAACAGCUGAUUCUCUAAUUCAUGCCAUCAACUACACAUUACCAGAUUCUGCCACUUAAAGUGCCACCGUAUCAUCUCAAGCAGCUGACAUUUUCUUGCCGUCCCAUGAAAAUUACAAGACAAUUUGAGACAUUUAAUAUGUCAUUUUAUGCAUUAAAGGAACAUAAGGAGAACGGGAUAAAUUACCUCGAUGAAUUUAUGAAACAGGAGGUGAGUUUA